UAAUUUAAUUACAUAAUUAUAAUUUGCGUUUCGUAAUAAUAAAUAAUAAUCUUCAGAAUAAACGUUUAUUUUAAAAUGCAUACGAAUAUAAUGGGAUUUAACUUUCAACCAGCCUACUACCGACAGUUAUUUGCAACAAUAACAGUGAAUCUAGUCUCGUUUUCAUUCGGUAUUUACACGGGAUGGACAGCAAUGGUGACGCCCCUGCUCAAAGACCCGGAGAGGACCCCAUUGGAGAACUAUAUGACGGAAAACUCUAUCUCGUGGGCAUGCAGCUGGGGCAGUCUGAGCGCGAUACUGGGCACGUUCUUCUGGGGCCUAUUGGCAGACAAGUUCGGCCGGAAGGUUACCGGUCACCUGACCAUGGUGCCGUACCUGAUCAGCUGGGUGAUCCUGUUGGGCGUCAAAACAGAGACGGCGCUGAUGGUGUCCCGGUUCUUGGGCGGACUGGGCGCCAGCGGGGCGGCCAUCAACAACCCGAUGUACGUGGGCGAAAUCAGCGACGCGCACAUGAAGGACGGCCUGGGCUCGCUGUUCAUACUCAUGUACAAUUUCGGCGUUCUGUACGUGUACGUGUGCGGCAUUUUCGCGGGCUACGACAUGCUGAACAUCGCGUGCCUGGCGGUGAGCGUGCUGUUCGUGAUCGCGUGGUGCUACGCGCCGGAAUCGCCGGUGUUCCUGAUCCAGCGGGGCGACAUGGAAGGCGCGAAGAAGGCGCUCAAGUGGCUGCGAGGCAAGGAGAGCGACAAGGAGGUGGAGGAGGAGUUGGACGCGAUGACGCACCGCGGGGACCGGCUGACGACGGCCAAGUGGAGCGACUACCUGGAAAAGGGCACGUUGAAAGCGCUGCUGAUCGGCGCGGUGUUCCAGGCGGGCACGCAGCUGAGCGGCAUCAACAUCAUACUGAUGUACACGGUGGAGAUAUUCCAGGAGAGCGGCAGCGCACUGUCGCCGGUCAUGUGCACGAUGUUCGUGGGCGUGGUGCAAGUGAUCGGCUCCGUACUGGCGGUGCUCACGGUGAAGCUGGCCGGCCGCAAGUUCUUCCUGAUACUGACGUACACGGCCACCGCGGUGGCGCUGAUCACCAUCGGGUGGUGCUUCGACGCGCAGCGGACGGACCACAGCGCGACCACCGGCUGGCUGCCCGUGCUCAGCAUGUCGCUGCACGUGAUCGCGUUCUCCAUGGGCCUGGGCAUGGUGCCGUACAUCAUCUACACGGAGAUAUUCCCGGCCAACGUGCGCAACAUGUGCAUGUCCGCGCUAAUGUUCUGGAACAACGCGCUCGGGUUCGGCAUCGUCAAGGCGUACCCGCACGUGUCCGAGUCCAUACACAUAUCCGGCUGCUUCUGGCUGCUGGGCUCCGCGUGCCUGGCCGUCGUGCCGUUCACGUACUUCUUCGUGCCCGAGACCAAGGACAAGUCGUUCGAGGCGAUCCAGAGGAAGCUGCUGCUGUGGUUCCCGGACCUGCAGCGCCGCAGCACCGGCGACCGGUGCGCGGUCGCCGUCAUCACGUUGCCGAUGGAGUGCAACAAAGUGGUGGUGGUCAACGCCACCAGCGGCCACAACGUGUACAUAGAGAACGAUCAGACCCGGUACGCGGAACCGUGAGUCCGCGGCCGCGGCCGGCGGAACGCGGACGCGAAACCCGCGGCCGACGACGGUGGCCGCCACGGUGUUGUACGUUCCUGUGUGUGUGCCUCGUGCCCG